CGCGGGCGGGCGGGCAGACGUGUCGCUGCCAUGGCGGAUGCCGGCCGGCUGGAGCGGCUGGAGCGGCGGGUGCGGGAGCUGGAGGAGGAGCUGGCCCGGGAGCGGGGCGGGCGGCGGCCGGCGCGGGCCCGCAUCGACACCAUGAGCCCGGAGGUGACCGACUCCAACCCCUACAGUCGCUUGAUGGCGUUAAAAAGGAUGGGAAUUGUUAAAGACUAUGAGAAAAUCCGUACCUUUACAGUUGCAAUAGUAGGUGUAGGUGGAGUUGGCAGUGUGACUUCUGAAAUGUUGACAAGGUGUGGCAUUGGUAAGCUGCUACUGUUUGACUAUGACAAGGUGGAACUUGCAAACAUGAACAGACUCUUCUUCCAACCUCAUCAAGCUGGAUUAAGUAAAGUGCAAGCAGCAGAACAUACUUUGAGGGAUAUUAAUCCUGAUGUUCAGUUUGAAGUACAUAACUACAACAUCACAACACUGGACAACUUUGAACACUUCAUGGACAGAAUAAGUAACGGUGCACUGGAGGAAGGGAAACCCGUCGACCUUGUUCUAAGCUGUGUGGACAACUUCGAAGCUCGCAUGGCGAUUAAUACGGCCUGCAAUGAACUUGGACAAGUCUGGAUGGAAUCUGGAGUCAGUGAAAAUGCAGUGUCGGGCCACAUACAGCUGAUCGUACCUGGUGAAUCUGCCUGUUUCGCGUGUGCUCCUCCACUUGUAGUUGCUGCAAAUAUUGAUGAGAAGACAUUAAAACGAGAAGGAGUUUGUGCAGCCAGUCUUCCUACAACUAUGGGUGUUGUGGCAGGAAUGCUGGUACAAAAUGUUCUGAAAUACCUGUUAAAUUUUGGUACUGUGAGUUAUUAUCUUGGUUACAAUGCAAUGCAGGAUUUCUUCCCAACUAUGUCUAUGAAGCCAAACCCACAAUGUAGUGACCACAAUUGCAGAAAACAGCAAGAAAUUUAUAAGAAGAAAGAAGCUGCACGACCAAAACAAGAAGUAAUUGAAAAGGAAGAUGAAAUAGUACAUGAAGACAAUGACUGGGGCAUCGAAUUAGUAUCAGAAACUUCAGAAGAAGAGCUGAAGGCUGCAUCUGGCCCAGUACCCGACCUUCCUGAGGGAAUUACUGUAGCAUAUACUAUCCCAGAAAAGGAAGAGAAUUUGAUAAUGAAGGAAACGGUAGCAGAGUCUGAAGAAAGCCUAGAAGAACUCAUGGCCAAAAUGAGAAACAUGUAGAAAAACAAAUACUAAGUACAACUUCGGAUCAACAUGGACUUUGAGAAGACCAGUCUCCUUAUUUUUUUUCUUUUUUUACCUCCAGUGAAGCUUACCUUUACCUUUCUAAAGAAGUGGAACUGUUACAGGGGCAGGAAGGACACAGAUUUACAUUGUUUAUGUUCUGUUAUGUAGUCACUCUUUACCAUACAGAAUUGUGCUACUGUAAAUUUUAGUUUCUCAGCAUUGUUAGUGUCCAGAUAUUCAGCAGAAAGUAAAAGGACAUGGACAAACUAACGAAAGCAGGCAUAGCACAUUAUAUACCCUAUCAUGUGAUGAGAAUAGUACCUAGUAUAGCACAAGGGAAAGAUGAAAUCUGCUGGAGUGGACUGAGAAGGUGUAGGGCAGAUGAUAGUGCCUCAUUUGUGUUGCUGCUCCUGAUUUUCCUGGCACUUGUCCUUGGUUGUUGUUCACUGGUCUAAAUGCUUGGCAUGGAUCAUGCUGUGGCUUCUUUUUCUGAGUAAUCAAAACAUUUAAGCCUUUUCAUCUGCCUUAAGUAUCUCUGGGAUGGCAUUUUUUUUAAACUUGCCUAGUUUUAUCAAUGUCUUACUACUACUUGUCCUUAAAUAGCUCCUAUAGGGUAAUGUUUUGAGUAUAUUGUAAGAAGGUGAAGUCUUUUUGUUUGUAUUAUAUGAACAGACUGCGUAUUAGGAUGUCACUAUUUCAGCUGGCAGAUGCUUUUCUUAUCAAAAUUACAAGCAACAUUGGAAAGAACGGGAGAUUUUGUCUCUCUCUUCAAAGAUCUAAAUAUUAUAUUUUUGUUGGUUAUUGAAACUUUAGCUGUAAUUCUGAUCCCUUCCCAUCAUAUGGGCUUUAUGAAGGAAUUACCACAUGUUAAACUACAUCCUGUAACACCAGUACCCUGCAGAACUGGAAGGAUCAGUUUAAAAUAUUUUAACUACUGUGGCUGUCUGAUCCAGAACGUGAUAGUUGUUUCAGUUUGGCUUUGAAGGUAAAUUUCGGCAGUAUAAUACAAGUAUUUUCAGGUUGGGCUCUUCGAAAAACUUCUCCACAGCAUGAUGCAGCCAACACAGAACCAGCACCGUGUAAAGAGAGCGCAAUGUUGUGGCCAGUGCUUCUGCUGCGUAGGGCAGCUGAACGAAUACUUAGUGAAAGAAAUGUUUCAGUUCUUUAGCAAUGGUUACAAACUUCAAAAUCUGUUUCCUCCACAGCUGACAUCGAGUUAUAUUAGACACAGAAUAAUCAUCUCUGAAGCUAGUGAGGGAAGUUUUAGGUGGGUUUUGAGUGGGGUAUAUUAUACUGUAAAAUGGAACUGGUUUUUUUGUUUGGUUAGUUUGGGUUUUUGAUUGAGUUCGGUUUUGGAGAAACAUCUCAGAAAGAACUGUAAAGAGGGAUGGGAAAUGGAAAAAUGAGACCACUAAAAAGGUUCAUACUUGAAUCUGUGUUACCAAGUCUGUGUUAGCUUCAUCCAAGUGUCAGUUUAAGUGUUACUUACAUUUCUAUGUGACUUCACCUUUCUGUUGGGAGCGAUAAAAGUGAGGCACACACCUGGCUCUGGAGAUCCUGAGGCAAAUGGCUGAACUCAUUUCUACAAGAGCUCAUCUUGACUCUUAACUAUUUGGCUGACAUGACUGCUAUCACAUGAUUGACAGCUUUACAAGAGGCAACUUCACGUACACGUUUAUGAGCAAAUUAAUAUACUUUUGUAUGCCCAACUACAGAGUAAACAAAAUGAUUCUCAUGUUACUUUCAGACUUUCAACUUGUAUAUACACGAAAAAUUUGACAUAAUCAGAAAAUACAUUAAGAUGAUUGUAUGUGCCAAUGGUUAAAUUAUUUAAAAAUAAACAGCAUCAAAAAAAGCAAAUUUAAGGAUUUUUUUUUUAAUUAAAAAG